GACAAAAAGAAUUGUGAGAUUACCAGUAAAAUAUAAAUCGGGUCAACCCGGAAGCGAAAAUGGCACUCAAAUUCUGAGAGAUCGGAGCUCGGAUCAGUAAAAAGCCAAAAUCUCCGGCAUCGGUGAUUUCUCCGGCGGCUUCAGUAUCAUCGUCGUCUCUCUUCGUUAGCUUUAUCGAUAUCCAGCGAGGCAGAAAUCGACUGAUCUCUCAAUUCCUUUCCGAUAUUCGCCAACGAGGGAGAGAAGAGGACACAUACAUAAGGGAAAGAGUUUGAACUUCAAAAUCCAUCACUUUUUCUCGGAUUCGUCAAACUCCAAGUGUCAUGGCUCUCAAUCUCCGCCAUAAACAGACUGAAUGUAUUGUUCGGAUGCUAAACCUGAACCAACCUUUGAAUCCUGAUGGCACGUCGAACGAGGAAGUUUACAAGAUCUUGAUCUACGACAGGUUCUGUCAGAACAUUCUCUCGCCCCUGAUCCAUGUCAAGGAUCUCCGUAAACAUGGAGUUACACUUUACUUUCUGAUUGACAAGGACCGAAAACCUGUUCAUGAUGUUCCCGCCGUGUACUUUGUUCAACCUAGUCAAUCUAACAUCCAGAGGAUCAUAGCUGAUGCUUCAGGAUCUCUCUAUGAUAGCUUUCAUCUGAAUUUCUCGUCUUCUAUUCCCCGACCGCUCCUAGAAGAGGUUGCUUCCGGGACUCUGAACUCAGGUUCCAUCGAUAAGAUAGCCAAGGUCCAUGACCAGUACCUCGAGUUUGUGACUUUGGAAGAUAACUUGUUCUCUUUGGCACAACAGUCCACAUACGUUCAGUUGAAUGAUCCCUCGGCGGGGGAUAGGGAAAUUGAGGAGAUAAUCGAGAAGGUUGCCAGUGGGCUGUUCUCUGUCUUGGCCACGCUCGGUGUGGUGCCCGUUAUCAGAUGUCCUCGGGGAGGACCAGCAGAGAUGGUUGCAUCUGCAUUGGAUCAGAAGCUGAGGGAUCAUCUCCUAUCCAAGAACAAUCUGUUUACAGAAAGUGGAGGUUUUAUGAGUUCGUUUCAGCGGCCGAUUUUGUGCAUCUUUGACAGAAACUUUGAGCUCUUAGUCGGGAUCCAGCACGACUUCAGAUACCGGCCUCUUGUACAUGAUGUUCUCGGGCUGAAACUCAACCGGUUGAAUGUGCAGGGCGAGAAAGGAGGGAUGAAAUCAUAUGAGUUGGACAGUUCAGACCCGUUCUGGUCUGCAAACAGUUCUCUGGAGUUCCCCGAAGUAGCCGUGGAGAUAGAAACACAAUUGAACAAGUACAAGAAAGACAUCGAGGAGGUUAAUAAGAGGACGGGAGGCGGGACUGGUGCUGAAUUCGACGGGACUGAUCUGAUUGGUAACACCAAGCAUCUAAUGAAUGCUGUGAACUCGCUUCCAGAGUUAACCGAGAGAAAGCAAGUGAUUGACAAGCACACAAACAUCGCAACCGCAUUGCUUGGGCAGAUCAAGGAGAGAUCUCUGGACUCGUAUGCCAAGAAAGAGAACGAGAUGAUGAUGAGAGGCGGGAUCGACAGAGGCGAUCUUCUCGCCGUUCUGAAGGGCAAAGGUUCAAAGACGGACAAGGUAAGAUUUGCCAUCACGUACCUGAUUUCCUCUGAGACCAUCAACCAGGCCGAAGUGGAAGCUAUUGAAGCAGCACUGCAUGAAGCCGAAGCAGACACGAGCGCGUUUCACUACGUGAAGAAGAUCAAAUCGCUGAAUGUAUCUCUAGCAGCUUCAGCGAACUCAGCCAGCCGAAGCAAUAUCGUGGACUGGGCCGAGAAGCUAUACGGGCAGUCAAUAAGCGCUGUCACGGCCGGGGUGAAGAACUUGUUAUCAGGUGAUCAGAAACUUGCGGUGACACGAACCUUGGAAGCUUUAAUGGAGGGAAAACCGAACCCAGAGAUCGAUUCCUACCUUAUGCUUGAUCCGAGAGCUCCAAAGUCAGGAUCGAGAGGCAGCCAAGUGAAGGGACCGUUCCGAGAAGCCAUCGUUUUCAUGAUUGGAGGCGGUAACUACGUCGAGUACGGAAGUUUACAGGAGCUGGUGCAACGUCAGGAGACACUGAAGAACGUCAUGUACGGAGCAACAGAGAUUCUGACAGGAAGUGAGUUCGUCGAGCAGCUCGGUCUGUUAGGACAGAAGAUGGGACUCGGUGGCGGUCCGAUGGCUUCUUCGCCGUCUACGUUGGCACACUGAGUGACAAUAAAAUGUUCUUUUUAGAAAGUUGGUACCACAUUUCUUCAGAUGAAAGGUGAUUUCUUUGUCAAUAUCGCUAUAUAUAUAUAUAUAGCCUCACUUA